UGGAAAUAUUACAAGGAGUGAUGUGUUUUUAUUCGGUUGUUUCUGUUGUAAUCUUCUGUUUACCGGACAUCAGAAAGCCGUCGCAUCAUUACCGAGUCAACACCGACGCCUAUCUCUCUCUCUCCGGAAAAACCCUAAUUCGCAUGAAUACUCUAAUUUAUUGUUCAAGAAUCCCCUUUGAUCUAUUACAUUUCAUUUGACGUAUUAAUUUUUUACCUCUAAAUCGGCAUGUCAUCAGAGAUCGAGGUCGAAGAAAAUACAGAUCCUACUGCUGCCGGAAAUGGCAACGGAGCGGCCGAGGGAGGAGUGGGAGUGCCAGAGGAAAGCUUGAAGAAUGACAUUUACACUGCUGCAGCGUAUGGUGAUUUGGAGAAGCUUCGAAAUUUGGUCGAGACAGAAGGUUGCUCCAUUAACAAGCCUGACGAUCAGGGAUACCGCGCUUUGCAGUGGGCCGCCCUUAACAAUCGUGUCGCCGCUGCUCAAUACAUCGUCGAGCAUGGUGCAGAUGUGAAUGCAGUGGAUGUCAGUGGUCAAACAGCAUUGCAUUGGAGUGCUGUUAGGGGAGCCAUUCAGAUUGCAGAUCUUUUGCUUGAAGAAGGUGCUCGUGUUAAUGCAGCUGAUGUAUUUGGAUAUCAGGCCACUCAUGUUGCUGCACAGUAUGGUCAAACAGCUUAUCUGUAUCACAUGGUCACAAAAUGGAAUGCAGAUCCAGAUAUUCCUGAUAAUGAAGGAAGAAGCCCUUUACAUUGGGCUGCAUAUAAAGGUUUUGCAGAUAGUAUACGUCUUCUUCUCUUUCUGGAUGCAUAUAGAGGGCGUCCAGACAAAGAAGGUUGUACACCUCUACAUUGGGCUGCAAUCAGGGGACACUUAGAAGCAUGCACAGUAUUAGUGCAAGCAGGAAAGAAAGAUGAUUUAAUGGUGACUGAUAAUACUGGCCUUACACCUGCACAACUUGCUUCUGAUAAAAAUCAUCGACAAGUUGCAUUUUUCCUUGGUAAUGCUAGGAAGUUGCUUGAAAAACGUUACGAGGGUACAUUUGGAAAACUAACAAAACUAGGGCUAGCACCAGCACUUCUGUGUGUAAUAUUUGUGCUACUUUUGACCUAUAUCAAUUCAGUCAUCAUGGCUUCAAAUUUACCAAAAUUAACAGCUGGUUCUGCAUUUUUUGCAUGGAUUGGUGUCACAUUAGCAAGUGCAGGAUUAAUUCUUUUCUAUCGCUGUAGCUGCAAAGAUCCAGGUUACAUUAAAGCCAACAGGAAUGAAUCCAAAGAUACAAGAGAUGAUGAGCCUUUACUUAAGCUUGAGGUGCGGGACCCGGCUUUGCUAGCUGGCAAUUGGAAUCAACUCUGUGCGACUUGUAAGAUUGUUCGACCUCUUCGAGCGAAGCAUUGUUCAACAUGUGAGCGAUGUGUGGAACAAUUUGACCAUCACUGCCCUUGGGUAUCCAAUUGUGUCGGAAAGAAAAACAAAUGGGAUUUUUUGGUUUUUCUUGUUCUGGAAGUUUUUGCCAUGUUGAUAACCGGCACAGUUGCACUUACAAGAAUUGUGAAGGAUCCAUUGGCUCCAUCUUCUUUUGGGGGGUGGUUGCAACAUGUUGGUAAUCAACAUCUUGGUGUUCUAUUAUUUCUAGUUUCAGAUUUUUCACUCUUGAUUGGUGUCGCAGCUUUAACUUGUAUGCAAAUUUCUCAGGUGGGUCGAAAUAUCACAACAAACGAAAUGGCAAACAUGAUGCGAUACAACUACUUAAGAGGAAACGGAGGUCGAUUCAGAAACCCAUACGAUCACGGCUGCAAGAAAAACUGCUCCGAUUUCUUAAUCAACGGCUACAACGAAGACAUCGAGGUCGCAGAAGAACCCUCCUCCGCCGCCGCCGCCGAUCAAUUCGACGGCAUCAACAUGAUGCCGAUGACUGCUUCGAGUCUAGCCCUAAACUUACAAAACGGAGGACCUAUUGCUUCCGCCGCCGCGGCGGCUGCUGCCGCAGGUAGUGGUGGUGGUGGUUAUUCUCAUCAAACGAAUGGAAACGGCCACCAUGUUCAUUCUCCCGGUUGUAGCCAUGGUAAGCCGAAAACGGAGUCGGUGCCUUUAGGGUUAGGGUUAGGGUUAGGUCGAGGUUCGCGAUCUAGGGUGGCGUUAUGAUUAUAUAUGCUCUUUUUCCUCUAUAUGGUACACAGAUGAGGGGUAAAAUGGUAAAUCAUUUUUUCUAGUGUUGAGUGGAAGUUAUACAUUGAAAUAUUUUGUAUACAUCGAUUUUUUAAUCAAGCAACAAUAGAAGUUUUCAGUGGA